UUUUUCUCUCUCCUAUGUAUAUAUAUAUAUCUUUCAUUUCUGGUUUUUUCCUCUGUGUUUUCUCGCUACCCAAACAGAGAGCUUAGACUUUGCCGAUUUUAGGGUUUCCGUAUUCUCUCAUCAGAUUCUCCCGUCCAAACCCUAAUCUUCGGAUCAGGUCUGAGCAUUCUGGUACUUAGUCCCCCCAGUAAAGUUAAGGUUCAUGUCUGAUCUCGACACUCAGAUUCCUACUACCUUUGAUCCUUUUGCUGAUGCAAAUGCUGAGGACUCGGGUGCUGGGGCAAAGGAGUAUGUUCACAUCCGUAUUCAGCAGCGAAAUGGUAGAAAAAGCCUGACAACUGUUCAGGGGCUGAAGAAAGAAUUCAGCUACAACAAGAUCCUUAAGGACCUCAAGAAGGAAUUCUGCUGCAAUGGCACCGUGGUUCAGGACCCCGAAUUAGGACAGGUCAUUCAGCUUCAAGGAGAUCAACGGAAGAACGUUUCCACCUUCCUUGUUCAGGCUGGUAUUGUGAAGAAGGAAAACAUCAAAAUCCAUGGUUUCUGAGCCACAGCAGCUCUAAGAUUCUGCAGGGUGCAUGCUUGUUCUUCAUUAGUGCGGAACAUACCACCUGAAUUACAAUAUAACUAUCUGUGCUGUUCUGUUGUCUAAAUUGGAUUGAUGAUCAUGUAUGCAACUAAAUAGUUGUCGGGUCCUGAUGUUUUUGGUUUCUUAUGAUAUAUGUGUAGUGUUUCUGCUAUUUGUGUAGUUUGCCAGUUUCUUUAAUGUGGGAGUGUUAUGGGAUGUAUGCGAGUAUGCUUUUCUGUCCCGAAUAAUUAUAGUUACUGGAUUCAUAAUGGUAGAUUUAUGAAAGACUUAUGUCCCUUUGUCUCUUUC